CCCGUGCAGUCCUCAAGAAAGGGGCCACUCGAACGUGCGUCCGGCGUUUCAACUUUCAUCCGACUCUGCCUCCAAACGAACUGUCCCUUUCGCGGUUCUUUCUCUUCUUCUCUGCAAUCUCGCCUCGGAACAGCAAAGAUUUUCUCUUCUCCAUGAGCGGGCCAUCUCUUUGACACCUCGCAGUCUGCAGCCAGCGCCUCCGAGCACAGAUCGCAGCUGUCAUCUCGAAACUAGCGCGGCAGAUCCACCAGGCUGGCUCUGGAGCUGGUGGGGUGCAGUAGGUUAGCUUCAGUGCUCCUUACCCCAGCGCCAGACAGGGCAGGGUCCCAAUCCAUCGCGAUCGCGAUCGCGCAGUCUCUCCGGGACUCGUCGCGAUGGUCUUCCCCCGGUCCUGUCUACGCGUGCGCACUCUGCUCUCCGCGCUGUGUCUGGCAUCGCUGGUGAUCUGGUCCGUCUCUCGCUGGCGCUCCGAUACUCCCCCUUCCCUCUCGCAAUGGGGCCCCGCGUCAUCGCCGGAUGCUCUGCCCGACCUGACAGACGCACACCAGAAGUUCUGGUGGACGUUCCACCGCUAUCUCGAGAAAUAUGCGCCGGGAACGACGCCAAUUGUCGAGUAUGAAAAAGCCCCGACGGAGCGAUUCGACCCGAACGACGCCCGCCAGCGCCCCAACUAUCUCAGCGUGGACGCCGAAGAUAUCGCCGCAAUCAAGACUGCGCAUACGGGCUUCGUGGCUGCCAUCACCGGCGAAACUUCCGCGCCAACACUCGCCUACGUCCCCAACACCAAAGGCAUUGUCUCGACGGCGGGCGGCACAUACCUCCCCGUCCUCGUGAUUUCACUUCGCAUGCUGCGACGAACGGGCUCAACCCUACCGAUGGAAAUAUUCCUCGCCGACGAAGCAGAAUACGAAGAAUACAUCUGCGACGUGGUCCUCCCUUCACUAGACGCACGAUGCAUCGUCCUCUCACGCAUUCUCGCCGCCGCACCCGCCACGAUAGAAAAGUACCAAUUCAAGCCCUUUGCAAUGCUAUUCUCCUCCUUUGAGGAAAUCCUCUUCCUAGACGCGGACGCCUUUCCCCUCGAGAAACCCGAGACCCUCUUCCGCGCAGAUCCCUUUCGCUCCACGGGCAUGGUCACCUGGCCCGAUUUCUGGGGGUCGACCGUCUCCCCGCUCUUCUACGAGAUUGUCGGCACGACAGCGCCGCCGUUGGCAUUGCGCCAGUCUACCGAGUCUGGCGAGCUUUUAGUAUCGAAGAAGAUGCAUGUGCGCACACUUUUGCUUGCCACGUACUAUAAUUACUGGGGCCCGUCGCACUAUUACCCGCUUCUGUCGCAGGGUGCGGCCGGCGAGGGCGAUAAGGAGACCUUCCUCGCGGCGGCGACGGCCAUGCAGGAAGCCUUUUACCAGGUCAGCGAGCCGAUCGUCGCACUAGGACACCGCAAAGAUAAGGUUGGCGGUUUCGCAGGCUCUGCGAUGGCACAGUUCAAUCCUAUACAUGACUAUGCGCUCGUUCAGGCGGGGAAAGCGCGUGUGCGUGGUGAUGAUGCACCGCCGCCGGAUGUAUUCUUCAUCCAUGCCAAUUUCCCCAAAUUCAAUCCGGCGACGGUCUUUGAACAGCAUGAGGUUAAUCCGGCGUUUACGGACGAAGGAGAGUACACGCGGGCGUGGACGAUCCCGGAGGAGGUGGUCGGUAAAUUCAGUGAGAACGAGGAUGUUGAAAAGGCGCUUUGGAAGGAGGUAAAGUGGACGGCUUGUGAGUUGGAGGAGAAGUUUGUUACUUGGCAAGGGUAUACCGGGAUCUGUGACCGUGUCUCGGAUUAUUGGAGGAAUAUAUUUGAGUGGAAGCCCCUGCCGACGUGAGUUGGUGACUGCAGACUGCAAGAUCUACUUACAGUGAAACCUUUUCUCCAGCGGGUCUGGAUAAACCCAAUUGUGACACUCUUGAGACCCGAGAACGUCGACGAUCCUCUCGAUGGCUGACUUUGGAUCUACUUUUGUAAUAUAACAUUUAUUGUACUGAGUCUCGAUGUGCGGCUAUUCUGAAUUCAUAGAUCUGACUAUCUAUUUGAGAGGUAGCUUUGUUACUUGAUCUUGUGGGGAAGAUGCUACGGGUCAUUCUCAUCACUCCAGUAAACAAGGUCUCUUGGGUAGUAUUAGGUAGUUGGUAUCAAACUCAC